AGACUAUCGUUAUCGAUAGUUAAAUUUUUGGGCUUAUACACGAAUAAGAUUUGCAAUUUUAUUAAAGAAUUGUGAAUAAUACGAACUAAAUGGGACGCAGUAAAUUUGUUGCUCCGGCGAAGGAGGUGAUGAAUCAUAACGAAUUUAUAAAUCGGAUUCGUAAAAGCCUCUACUAUGGCGUGGAAACUUCGGACACAGAGAUGGUGGUAUCUUUGCCUCUGGCGGAGUACGCAGCGGAGAUGUUUUCCGAACCCCACCGAGGUCAUUCCUUGCAUCGUUUGAGCUGGGUUGCUGCUGCUAAAGUUCAAGCCACGCCUUGCUCCCUAAUUAUGGCACUGAUAUACCUAGACCGCUUAAACCACGUUGACCCAGGGUUUGGCUGCCGAAUCACACCACAGGAGCUGUUUGUUGUGUCAUUGAUGGUUUCCACAAAGUUCUAUGCCGGCCAUGAUGAACGAUUUUAUUUAGAAGACUGGGCCAAUGAAGGUAACGUGUCGGAAGACAGACUCAAGGAAAUGGAGCUUCAGUUUCUUUCCGCUAUGGAUUGGAAUAUUUACAUAUCAAAUGAACACUUUUUUGAUAAAUUAGCUAGUGUUGAACAAACGCUGGCUGAACGGCAGGGAUUAAGGAGGGGAUGGCUCACUUACAGUGAGCUGGCGCAGCUGUUACCAAGUUUUGUUUGGACUAAGUUUUUGGUAAAUAGUGUAACCGUACUGGCUUUCAGUUAUGCAGCUAGUGUGAUAACCUUGGCGGGAGCUUUUUUUGUGGCGAGCCAAGUUCCGGGCACUCUUUGGAAUUCCCAACUAUAUAAUGGCAGAGAGGUACAGCCAAGCACGAUGAACAAUAAGACUACAGUAUCCGCACCAAAUACAACACAAGCUAUUACUUGUGAGAGUGGUGAAUUAUCUGCAUCGCCUUUAAACGAAAGCUGCGCUGUUUCAAGCAUUGAGCCGAACUUUCAACAGCAGUACUGUGACGAGGCCAGAACUAACAAAUCGGAGUGUUUGCGACGCUUUGUCAAAACCGUACCUAGUUUAUCACUAAUUGGAAAUAGCUCGAAACGCGAUUUCCUUUUUUCCCAAGAUGACACGCGGAACUGGCUUAACAUUAAAUCACAGUACAGUGACUACCAAACCAACCAAAAUUACUGGAUAACUCUUCAUAACACACGACUGGAAAGCUACUGGAUGCAAGGACGUAAUCGUUCUGUUCUUUGGCAAUUGAUUGAUUCAAUGCAGCAGUCGUUUUUCUUGUAAUGGCCUGAAGUGUGGCAAAAGUUAAUAUAAGCAAUUUUAAACCAUCCAAAGUUUUUGUUUAUGACAAGUUUCUAUUAAAGCACUAAGAUCAGCAACCUAAAA